AGGAAGCGGAGCGACUAGCGAGCGAGGCGUCAAGCAUGCGAUGUAUAUUCCGAUUAUUCGGAUUUCUGUUGCAUUAUUUUGUUGUUAAAAUCGAUUUUGUUUUAAUCUGAUGUUCUGACUUCGUUUAUUUUGAUUUCUGUUGCAUUUGGUUUUCUUAUCCUAACUGUCUCAUUAUGAAUUUCAAAUUUCUGCUGUGUAUUUGAUUUCUGCUGUAUUUCAAUUUCUUACACAGCAGAUGCCAACAGGUUACAGAACAGGAGGUACUCGCGAAGGGCCCAAUUUUUAUUUUUUUGCCCCGGCCCCCAAAUCGUCUCUAAGAUCAUAUUUCCCACACUAAUCUCAAAUGAUGAGUGUUUUGGACGAGUACGAAGGCGCCGAUGAAUCAUCGGUGGUGUCUUCGAUGUUGUGGGUUCGUAACCUUCGCCGGUAUAUCAGAUCAGAUGUCGAUCUUGAAUCUGAAGCCAUGCUGGAGCUUCAAACAAGAAAAAUCUUGCUUAAUAUUUUUAAAGAGAAGCAGCGAAAAAGUGCAAAAGCUGGCAUAAUCCCAAGUUUCUAUAAGAGGAAACCUGAGGAUGGCUCCAUUAGCCAUACAGUUCAGAGGUUGGCAAAGUAUCGUUUUUUAAAGAAGCAAUCUGAUAUUUUGUUAAACUCUGAUGACCUAGAUGCUAUGUGGCUUAUCUUAAGAGAAAACUGUGUGAUUGAUGAAACCACUGGUUCUGAAAAGGUGAAUUAUGAAGACUUUUGCCAAAUUGCUUCUCUAUGUACUGAACAAAUUGGGUCAAAGUGUUAUCGUUUCUUCAGCCCUUCAAAUUUCAUGAAAUUUGGAAAAGAUGAAUCAGGAAGGAUUCCCAUUCUUCCUUUUUAUCUGUACGUAAUGCGCACGGUCUCUCUUACACAAGCCAGAAUUGAUAUGAGUGAGCUUGAUGAGGAUUCUGAUGGUUUCCUUCAACCUUAUGAAAUGGAGGCCUAUAUUAGAGGUCUUAUUCCUAAUUUGGCUCAGCUUUGUGACAUGCCUACAGAAUUUGUUCAAAUGUAUUGCCACAUAGCUGCACAUAAGUUCUUCUUCUUUUGCGAUCCCAGUAGGCGAGGGAAGGCUUGCAUAAAGAAGAUUUUGCUCAGUAACUGUCUUCAAGAACUAAUGGAAUUGCACCAGGAAAGUGAAGAAGGUGAUGCUGAAAACACCGAGAACUGGUUUUCACUAGCAUCUGCACAACGAAUAUGUGAUGCGUUUCUUGACCUUGAUAAAGAUGGAAACAGCACGUUAAGCAAAGAGGAACUUCAAGGAUAUGCAGAUGGGACGUUGACAGAUAUUUUUAUCGAGAGAGCAUUUGAUGAGCAUGUCCACCAUGGUAAAACUGUUAUUGGGAAUCCUUGGGAGAUGGAUUUUGAGAGUUUCCUUGAUUUUGUUCUUGCCCUUGAUAACAAAGAUACUCCCGAGGGCUUAACUUAUUUAUUCAAGUGUCUGGAUCUUCAUGGAAGGGGAUUCCUCACAGCAGCUGAUAUUCAUAUUCUAUUUCGGGAUGUGCGUGAGAAAUGGAUUCAGGUGGGAAAUUAUGAAUUAUGCACUGAAGAUAUUCGAGAUGAAAUAUGGGAUAUGGUGAAACCGGUUGAUCCACUAAGAAUCACACUUUCUGAUUUGAUAGCAUGCAAACAAGGUGGUUCUAUUGCUAGUAUGCUUAUAGAUGUACGAGGGUUCUGGGCUCAUGACAAUAGGGAAAACCUUCUUCAAGAGGAUUUAGAACCAUGUGAACCCGAUGCUGCUGGUCGCACCUAGUUUUGACCCAAAUAAAAUAUCCAACUUAUUAACAUUUAAAUGUUGCAACUCUUUUAUUCUUAGUGUUCUGAAUGUUAUAUA